UCCCCACCCCUCGCUGCCCCUUCUCUCAGCUUCCACUCCCCCUCCCCUCGGCCGUGGGCUUCAUUCACGCUUCCCAGGGCUUGGGGAGGGGGCGGAGGCCGGCGCGCCUAGCCGCCCCGAGACCAGUGGGCGCCGCGCGCGCACCUGUUGUUGCAGGAGCCCGCGCCCCUCGGCUCUGCUCUCGGCCGGCGGCGGCUGGAGCGGCCGCAGGAGAGCCGGCCCGGCAGGUGGCCGCGGGCGGGGGCAGACGAGUCGCUGGGCGCGGGGGCCGCACCACCGCGGCGUGGGGACGCGAUGGCGGCAGCGGAGCCCGCGAGCUCGGGCCAGCAGGCGCCGCAGGGGCAGGGCCAGGGCCAGCGGCCGCCGUCGCAGCCUUCCCAGGCUCAGCCUCCGCAGCAGCCACCGCUGCCUCAGCUCGGGGGCGGCGGGGGCGGUAGCAGCAGGCACGAGAAGAGCCUGGGGCUGCUCACCACCAAGUUCGUGUCGCUGCUGCAGGAGGCCAAGGACGGCGUCCUGGAUCUCAAAGCGGCUGCAGAUACUUUGGCUGUGAGACAAAAAAGAAGAAUUUACGAUAUCACCAAUGUCUUGGAGGGAAUUGACCUGAUUGAGAAAAAGUCAAAAAAUAGCAUACAAUGGAAAGGUGUAGGUGCUGGCUGUAAUACUAAAGAAGUCAUAGACAGAUUAAGAUAUCUUAAAGCUGAAAUUGAAGAUCUGGAAGUGAAGGAAAGAGAACUUGAUCAGCAGAAGUUGUGGCUACAGCAAAGCAUCAAAAAUGUGAUGGACGACUCCAUUAAUAAUAGAUUUUCCUAUGUAACUCACGAAGACAUCUGUAAUUGCUUUAAUGGUGAUACACUUUUGGCCAUUCAGGCGCCUUCUGGGACACAGCUGGAGGUACCUAUUCCAGAAAUGGGUCAGAAUGGACAAAAGAAAUACCAGAUCAAUCUAAAGAGUCAUUCGGGACCUAUCCACGUGCUGCUUAUAAAUAAAGAGUCCAAUUCGUCUAAGCCUGUGGUUUUUCCUGUCCCCCCACCUGAUGACCUCACACAACCCUCCUCUCAGCCCUCCACUCCAGUGACUCCACAGAAAUGCAACGCAGCAACUCAGAAUCUGCCUGAGCAACGUGCCUCUGAAAGAAGCCAAAAUCUUCAACAAACACCAGCCACAGACUUAUCAUCAGCAGGAACUAUUAGUGGAGAUAUCAUUGAUGAGUUAAUGUCUUCUGAUGUGUUUCCUCUCUUACGGCUUUCUCCUACCCCCGCAGAUGACUACAACUUUAAUUUAGAUGAUAAUGAAGGAGUCUGUGAUCUGUUUGAUGUCCAGAUACUAAAUUAUUAGAUUCCAUGGAAACCUGGGACUGUUAUCUACCUCUAACUGUAACAUUUUAGACUUCUUAAUAACCUAAGUAUUUAAAAUAAUGAAUGUAACAUCUUUUUAGUUCACUGAUUCUGAAGUGUUCUCUAAUACUUUCUUUUUUACUUCACAAAACUUCAACCAUAAAAACAAAGGGCUCUUUCAACCACAAAAACAAAGGCUUUUUUCAGGGGAAAAGGUGAUUUAAUACCCAAAAAUCCCUUCCAUCCUCAUGUAAUUAGAUUCUGGGAUUUCAGCUUUUCUUCCAAUUCUGAAUCCUUCUCGUUUUCCUCUUAUGAGAGGAAAGUUAAAAUAGACUUAAGGCCAU